CGGUAUUUUCUUCGGUGUUUUUUUUUGCUCGACGCAGUUUGCUUCGCAACGUUGUAUGUUGCUCGCCUAAACAACUGGAUGAUACUGACCUACACGUGUCAUUUAUGUUGUCAAGAAGGAUAUGAAUUGAUUGUCUGGAUUCUGUGAGGCGACAGCAUUUGUCGGGCAUUAAGUGUGAGUGUGUCUGGCGCCAUCAUGUGUGCGGCGGUGAAGUACGGCUCUCGGGGCCCGGCGCUGAUCCCGCGCAUGAAGACCAAGCACCGGGUCUACUACAUCACGCUCUUCUCCGUGGUCCUGCUGGGCCUCAUCGCCACGGGGAUGUUCCAGUUCUGGCCGCACUCCAUCGAGUCCAGCGCCGACUGGACCCUGGAGCGGCGCAGCGUCCACGACGCCCCCCUGGCCCGCCUGGCCCCCACCAGCCCCCUGCCUGAGAGGGGGGACCUCAGCUGCCGCAUGCACACCUGCUUUGACGUCUACCGCUGCGGAUACAACCCCAAAAAUAGGAUCAAGGUGUACAUCUACCCGCUGCAGCGGUUUGUGGAUGAGGAGGGUGUGGCCAUCAGUAGCACGGGUCUGUCUCGUGAGUACAACGAGCUCCUGAGUGCCGUCUCCGAUAGCGACUUCUACACGGACGACGUCACACGCGCCUGCCUCUUCCUGCCCUCCAUAGACGUGCUCAACCAGAACUCACUACGCAUCCGGGAGACCGCUCAGGCCCUCGCCUCUUUACCACGAUGGGAUAGAGGCAUGAACCACCUGCUCUUCAACAUGUUGCCUGGUGGACCACCAGACUACAACACCGCUCUAGAUGUGCCCAGGGACAGGGCUCUACUGGCGGGGGGUGGGUUCUCCACAUGGACCUACAGGCAGGGCUAUGAUGUCAGCAUCCCCGUCUACAGCCCUCUGUCUGCAGAGGUGGACCUUCCUGAGAGGCAGCCUGGUCCUCGGCGGUUCUUCAUCCUGUCCUCUCAGACGGCCCUCCAUAGGGAGUACCGCGUGGAGCUGGAGCGCCUGAAGGAGGAGAACGGAGAGACCAUCCUCCUCCUCGACAAGUGCAGCAACCUCUCCCAGGGACACACACACACACACGCGCACACACACGCACACUCCCCACGCAAGCGAUGUGCCAAGGGACAGGUCUACGACUACCCACAGAUACUCCAGGAGUCCUCGUUCUGCGUGGUUCUGCGAGGUGCUCGUCUGGGCCAGGCGGUUCUGAGUGAUGUUCUACAGGCUGGCUGUGUUCCGGUCAUCAUGGCCGACUCCUACAUCCUGCCCUUCUCUGAGGUCCUCGACUGGAAGAGGGCAUCUGUGGUGAUUCCGGAGGAGAAGCUUCCUGAGAUGUACACCAUCCUGAAGAAUAUCCCACACAGACAGGUGGAGGAGAUGCAGAGACAGGCGCGCUGGUUCUGGGAGGCCUACUUCAGCUCCAUGAAGGCCAUUGGACUGACGACCCUCCAGAUCAUCAACGACCGCAUCUACCCCUACGCAGCACGCACCUACGAGCAGUGGAACAACCCGCCCGCAGUGAAGUGGUCGAGUGUGAGCAACCCUCUCUUCCUACCGCUGAUCCCCCCACGCUCCCCCGGCUUCACGGCCGUCAUCCUGACCUACGACCGCAUCGAGAGCCUCUUCCGCGUCAUCACCGAGAUCUCCAAGGUGCCCAGCCUCGCCAAGCUCCUCAUCGUCUGGAACAACCAAAACAAGAGCCCGCCGGAAGAGUCCCUGUGGCCUAAGGUGGCGGUGCCUCUGAAGGUGGUGCGCACGAAAGAGAACAAACUCAGCAACCGUUUCUUCCCCUUCGACGAGAUCGAGACCGAGGCCGUGCUUGCCAUCGAUGAUGACAUCAUCAUGCUAACCUCCGACGAGCUGCAGUUCGGAUAUGAGGUGUGGCGUGAGUUCCCGGACAGGCUGGUGGGCUACCCUGGCCGUCUGCACCUGUGGGAUCAUGAGCUGGGCAAGUGGAAGUACGAGUCCGAGUGGACCAACGAGGUGUCCAUGGUGCUCACCGGAGCCGCCUUCUACCAUAAGUAUUUUAACUACCUGUACACCUAUAAGAUGCCGGGGGACAUAAAGAACUGGGUGGAUGCUCAUAUGAACUGUGAGGACAUCGCCAUGAACUUCCUAGUGGCCAACAUCACCGGCAAAGCUCCCAUCAAGGUGACGCCGCGCAAGAAGUUCAAGUGUCCUGAGUGUACGGCCAUUGAUGGGCUCUCUCUGGACCAGACCCACAUGGUGGAGAGGUCUGAGUGUAUCAAUAAGUUUGCGUCUGUGUUUGGCACCAUGCCUCUGAAGGUGGUGGAGCACAGAGCAGACCCAGUGCUGUACAAGGACGACUUCCCAGAGAAGCUCAAGAGUUUCCCCAACAUCGGCAGCCUGUGACAGCCCUACCCCUCUCUCUCUCUCUCUCUCUCUCUCUCUCUCUUUGUCUGUCUGUCUGCCCCCUCUCCUCUCCUCAGCCCCCCACCUCUGCUCUCCUGCCCCACGAUGCAGAUUCACUGAUGCAGUAGAACUUGUGAUU